UAUCUGAAACUUAUUCAUGGGCUUUGAGUUUCUGUGUUAACUCUUCUUCUUCUUCACAGAGACUCGCACAUUGCCCUCAUUUUCUCCAUUUUUCCAAUACCAGUUUUUGCCCAUUUCUAUUAUUUUUCCAAUAAUCCUUUUUAAUUGAAUUUUCUUCCACUGUUUUUUUUUUUCUUUCACUUUCUCGCCCAGAUUCUCACACUUUCUCAAUAUCCAACCAUGGACUUAACCACCAAUCUUCACCGCCUCGACCUCCGCUCAACCUUCCUCACUGGUUCCACCCGCCUUGAUGCUCGAAAGACCGCUCUACCACCUCGUCUCCGCUCAGUUUCAAAUCGGUUAGCCAUUCAAUCCAUUAGAGGUAACGCUAACUCAAUCAAAACCAGUAAUUUGUUUAACACAAGAAGGCAAAAUUCUAAGGUUACGACUCGGUUUUCGGCUGUCGCCGUUGAAAGUUCGGUGGGCGAAACUAUGACUAAAGAGGAUAUUGAAUCUCUGUUUUCGGAUGAUUCUGUGGAUGAGUUUGAGCGCAAACGUGUGAACAAGCAAUCAAAUUCGGGCGCUUCGGGAAUUUCUUCGGGUGUGAAACUGGAAAAUGUGAGUAAGGCGUAUAAGGGUGUGUCUGUGUUGAAGGAUGUUAGUUGGGAAGUUAAGAAGGGUGAUAAAGUUGGAUUGGUAGGUGUUAAUGGUGCAGGGAAAACGACCCAGAUGAGAAUUAUUGCCGGUCUUGAAGAGCCUGAUUCAGGAAAUGUAAUAAAAGCAAAACCAAAUAUGAAAAUUGCAUUUUUGAGUCAAGAGUUUGAGGUUUCAUUGAGUAAGACAGUGAGGGAGGAGCUUAUGAGUGCAUUUAAGGAGGAGAUGGCGAUAUCAGAGAAGUUGGAGAAGGUGCAGAAGGCUUUGGAGAGUGCGGUUGAUGAUAUGGACUUGAUGGGGAGGCUUUUGGAUGAGUUUGAUUCUCUUCAGAGUCAGGCACAGGCGGUUGACUUGGAUGAGGUGGAUGCAAAGAUUAGCAAGCUGAUGCCAGAACUGGGAUUUGCUCCAGAGGAUUCUGAUAGGCUGGUGGCCUCAUUUAGCGGUGGAUGGCAGAUGAGAAUGUCACUUGGGAAGAUUCUACUUCAGGAGCCAGAUUUACUGCUUCUGGAUGAGCCUACUAAUCAUCUUGACCUGGACACAAUUGAGUGGCUUGAAGGCUAUCUCAACAAGCAAGAUGUGCCAAUGGUUAUCAUAUCGCAUGACAGAGCUUUCCUUGAUCAAUUAUGCACAAAAAUAGUGGAGACUGACAUGGGUUUCGCUAGAACAUAUGAGGGGAAUUAUUCUGAGUAUGUUAUUGCAAAGGCAGCAUGGAUUGAAGCACAAUAUGCUGCUUGGGAGAAACAGCAGAAGGAAAUUGAACAGACAAGAGACUUAAUAAAAAGGCUAGGUGCUGGAGCAAAUUCUGGCCGUGCUUCUUCUGCUGAAAAGAAGCUGGAGAGACUUCAGGAAGAGGGUUUAAUUGAGAAGCCAUUUCGAAGGAAACAGAUGAAGAUAAGAUUUCCUGAGCCUGAGGAUGUAAUAAGUGGAAGAUCUGUUGUAACCAUUAAGAAUUUGGAGUUUGGCUUUGAGGAUAAGAUGCUGUUUAACAAGGCAAAUCUUACUAUUGAAAAGGGAGAGAAAAUUGCCAUUAUUGGCCCAAAUGGAUGUGGAAAGAGUACUUUGCUAAAACUGAUAAUGGGUCUGGAAAAGCCAAGAGCUGGUGAAGUUAUUCUUGGGGAGCAUAACGUUCUGCCAAACUAUUUUGAACAAAAUCAGGCUGAGGCACUUGACUUAGAGAAAACAGUGCUUGAAACGGUAGAAGAAGCUGCAGAGGACAAGAGACUUAAUGAAAUAAAAGGUCUCCUUGGGCGUUGUAAUUUCAAAGCUGAUAUGCUUGAUAGAAAAGUUUCCCGUUUAAGUGGUGGUGAGAAGGCACGUCUUGCUUUUUGCAGGUUCAUGGUAAAGCCAUCUACUCUUCUACUCUUGGACGAACCAACCAAUCACUUGGAUAUUCCAUCAAAAGAAAUGCUAGAGGAGGCUAUAGCAGAGUACAACGGCACAGUCAUCACAGUUUCUCAUGACCGAUACUUCAUAAAGCAAAUAGUUAAUAGAGUAAUAGAAGUCAAAGACCACAAUUUACAAAACUAUAAUGGUGAUUAUUAUUACUACUUAGAGAAGAACCUUGAUGCGAGGGAAAAAGAGCUUGAACGUGAGGCAGAGCUUGAGGAAAAGGCUCCUAAAGUGAAAGCCAAAUCUAAGAUGUCAAAGGCUGAAAAGGAAGCACAGAAGAAGCAAAGAAGAUUGGCAUUUCAGCAAGCUAAAGCAAAAUCAAAAGGGACAAAGAAUGCAAAGAGAUGGAACUGAGUUUAACUCUUGUAAUUUAUUGAAAAAUCCUCCAUUAUUAAAGCUAGUUUGUAUGUAAAAGGUGUAGGAGGUGAAGUGGCUUAUUCUGUUUCAGCUACUUGACCAUUUGUAUAUUAUUAUAGUUGAUAUACAUAUAUUAAUAAAAUUACAGGUUAAGUUCUUUUUUUUC